AUGUACGACGAUGAUAUCCAGUCUCCUGUAAUGGCGUUCUCGGGGAAGAAUUUCUACAAGGUUGCAAAAUUCCCUACCAGAAAUAUCACCACGCCUAUCGUCCUUGUUUACGGAGGAAGUGAUAGUUUGGUUGAUAUCAAUGUUAUGCUAAAGGAGCUCCCCGGACACACUGUUGCAAAAGAAAUCGAACACUAUGAGCAUCUUGACUUUCUUUGGGCGCGGGAUGUGGACAAGCUCGUAUUCCCGCAUGUCUUAGAGGCUCUCGAACUGUAUUCUUCAAAUGGGGAAGGGAAAAAAGUCAGUGGAUCGGCAAGCUUAAGGGGUAGGUACCUUACUGCCCACCACAAGACCUACAGCUUACCCUCUUAUUCCGAAGAUGAGCAUACGGAUACUAAGGACAACGCUCUCCAUUUCGAUUCAAACCCGUCUCGUCCCAGUUCAUCAGGCUCCGCAACCAUGAAAACCGCAGACCACUCAAUGCAACAUGAGAUGGAUGGGCUUUAUUCAUCAAUUAAGGUCCCUCGUGGAGACAAAAAAAGAUCUAGUAGUGUGUCAAGUACAUUUUCCACUUCGUCAUUAGGAGAAGCAGGUAUGUCACCGACAAGUAGUCGAGGUCUUAUUGGUCCAGGAGGCAUUACAUUGGGUAUCGGAAAACCGACGGCGGGCGUUUCAACAGGAUUUUCGAUAGAUGAAAGUGGGAAUAAGUGA